CGGGAUGAGGAGCUGGAAGAACCGGGAAGUCGCAGGGGGCCGAGUGAUCGUGCACCUGGACCUGGAUUGUUUCUACGCGCAGGUGGAAGCGCUGCGGAAUCCCGACUUAAAAUCCAAACCUUUCGGGGUGCAACAAAAAUCCCUCGUGGUCACGUGUAACUACGAGGCGAGAAAAUUUGGGAUUGGGAAGUUGAUGUCGGUCCGGGAGGCGAAGGAAAAAUGCCCUCAGCUCGUCCUGGUGAAAGGAGAGGAUUUAACUCCUUACAGGGAAAUGUCUUAUAAAGUUACAGAGUUGCUGGAGGAAUUUUGUCCCCUGGUGGAAAGGUUGGGCUUGGAUGAGAAUUUCCUGGAUAUCACGGAACUGGUCGGGAAAAGACUCCGGAAUGACAAUUCCCAAAUCCGGGUUUGUGGCCACGUCUACAAUGAACAAGGGAUCAACUAUCGGGAUCCAAGACACAUCCAGCUCAUUUUGGGAUCCCAAGUGGCCCAGGAAUUCCGAGAUUCCCUAAAAUCCAGACUGGGAUUGACGGGAUGCGCCGGAAUCGCUCCCAGUAAGUUACUGGCCAAACUGGUGUCGGGGACGUUCAAACCGGAUCAACAGACGCUUCUGCUCCCGGAAAAAAUUCGGGAAUUGUUACGGGGCUUGGAAAACGUCGGGAAGGUGCCAGGCAUCGGCCACCGCACCACCCAACGCUUGGAAUCCUUGGGAAUCCGCAACCUCCGGGAUCUCCAGGAUUUUCCAAUGGAUUUGUUGGAAAAGGAAUUCGGUUCUUCCACAGCCCGAAAACUCCGGAAUCUCAGUCUGGGAAAAGACAAUUCCCAAAUAAUUCCAUGGAGACCUCCCCAGUCGUUCAGCGACGAGGAUUCGUUCCCAAAAUGCUCCUCGGAAGCCGAAGCCAAGGAAAAACUCCGGGAAUUGCUUCCCAACCUUUUAUCCAGGAUUUCCAAGGAUGGGAGGCGACCCCACACCCUGCGCUUGACGAUCCGGAGGUUUUCCCGGGAAAACGGGAAUCGGAGGGAAAGUCGCCAGUGCCCCAUCCCAUCCCACCUCAUUCCCAAGUUUGGGAAAG